CAUUGUCACUGGUUGCCAGAUUCUGCCGCGCGGCCAUGAAGAUGGACUCGUAACUUCUUAUACUUUGUAGGGAAAAAAAGUGUUCACGUUUUUGCCGUAGGAAACUCUUAUGCCACUGAUCGACACAAGUAGGUUAUUACACCCGUAUGUAAUGGACCACGACUGCUGGCUGCCGCCAUUUGACGCCACCUCUGAAGCCAGUCAUGUUUUCCUCGCCAUUCCAACCCUUAUCACCUGUGAUUUGUUUUAACCCCCACCUUAAAGUGUUCCAAGCACCCUACCCCAAGGACGUAUGCAUGAAACUAGACGAUGCUUGGCGACACAUGAUAAGAAUGAUGUUUCACGCUGGUCCAUCCUGUCUUGUCGAGACUUAUGAACACCACUGCAUUCAAGGCACUGGAGGGUACUCGCCAGGUCAUGGAGGGUCCCGGAAUUCCUCUUAUUAAAACGGAUUCCAACUACACUCGUUACGUUAGUACUGAGAACUUGAUAUCAGAAUCCCCGAGUAUGGAAUCCAAUGCCAAGCAAGCAGACGGCAAAUCAAACCUUGGUUUCCGGUUGUACAGUAGGAAACAAUUGAUCGAACGCCGAACCCGAGUUGUAGAUGCUUCAUUUGUUCUAAGCAUCAUUGGAAUUCUUGCAAAUGUGAUAGACACCGAACUCCGAUAUGGUGGAAUAUACACUACAACGGAAUCUGUGAUUCUACGAAUAAUCACUUCCAUCACCAGCGUGUUGUUGGUAGCCUCGGUUAUUGUAUACAACUUAAUUGGGGUUAAGUUACAACUGAUUACUGCAGGGUUGGAAAACUGGCGAUUAGUCAUAAAUUAUUCCAUAAUUAUUAAAGUUUUGACGGAAGUCGUCAUCUGUUCAAUCCAUCCUUUACCUUACGGUGAAAUCCGGGUUCCUGUGGUAGUCGUGACUGAGGGCGCGGAUGGUGGUGCCGUGUUCCAGGAUAGACGCAUUCCUAUUAAUUCCAUUUUGACUGUUCUCAUGUUUUUGCGUCUUUAUAUACUUUGUAGGUACUUAGUGGUACAUAGUGAUCUAUUUCGUGAUACCACUGUACAAAGUUUAGGUACGCUUAGUAAAGUAAAAAUCAAUGCUCAGUUUGUUUUCAAGGCCCUUAUGACCACACAUCCUGGCUCUUGUUUAAUGGCCAUCUUACUAUGUACUCUUCUGAUAAGUAGUUGGUCAAUUAGAGUGUGUGAGUAUCACACAGUGGACAGAGACCAUGGAAAUUAUUUGCAAGCUCUAUGGCUGACAGCAGUUACGUUCCUUACUCUUGGCUACGGAGAUGUAGUACCUAACAGUAUAUGCGGUCGGAUUAUAGCUAUUGUCACGGGACUCAUGGGUGUUGGCAUCAUGGCAUUAUGUGUCGCAGUUUUGGCUCGAAAACUGGAACAAAGUCGGUCAGAAAAAUAUGUGCAUACAUUUGUACAACAAAUAAAAUUGGACAAACUCCAUCGCCAUGCCGCAGCUGACGUUGUGAAACGUUCGAUGAUGGUUUGGAAACUGCGACGGACGGGUUUGUCUUUCCAUAGUCCACGGAUCUUGAAACACCGCCGAAAACUUCUGGACGCCAUUCGGCGAAUGAAGAAAUCUCAAUUUGACAAGUCUCAAAUGCGAGACAGUGUGAUAGGAGUGGUUGAAAUUUCAAAAAAUAUAACUGAAAUAACAGACAAUACCUCAGACAUUAAAACAGAGCAAGAAAAUAUUCAACAGAGACUUGACACACUGGAAAAACUCAUCACCAACAUGCAUAGUCAACUGUAUGAGUUGCGUGAGUAUCUUCGACAGAAAGAUGCUGGAGUUCGUAGUGAUUUGUCAUUAAAACCUGCUUAAUACGUCACUUGAAUCGGCAAAAAAAUAAGACUUGUUUUUAUUUGUGAGCAUUUUUUUAAAAAAAAAUAUAAUGAUAACAUGUUGACUUUUUUUCAGUAACAUCAAGAAUGUGUUGGUCAUGUAACUUUAUAACGUUAUAUGCAAAGAUAUAAUUAUGCAAAUUGUUACGUCCGUUGACGCUUGUUGAACACUUGAAUUUUACUUAUGUUUUGUUAUACACUUAUGUUACCUGCUCAUGUUUUUCCGGAUUUUCCAAUGCCAUGAUAGGUUGUAUAUUCUGUAUAUUUCGUCAUUUUCAUGAGCUCCAGGAAUGACUUUAUGUUAAUGACUGUUAUCUGUGAUCGUUCAUUGAAUAUUUUCAUCCCCAUCCAUGGAAGAGGAAAGUUGAUAUCCUUGUUAUAUGUGCACUGCCAUUUACGCUCACCUUACAUUUCCAAUCGGAAAUCGCUCGUUUUUUUCCGUCAGGUGUCUCUUUUUUUCUCGACUUGACGGAAAGGGCCGAGGAAUGUUCCGAUUGCCUACAUUACCCCAUAAACUGUAUAGAAAGCACAUGUCAAUCGUGAUUAAUGAACAGAAAUUUUAAAUUUUUGGCAAAUGACCAUUAAACUACACUCAAGUAAAAACAAAAAUUUUCAUGGAGUAUCAGGACACAUAAUUUUAAUGUUUUAAUUUCUUAAUGCCUAGCGUAUUAAUAAGUACAAAUAAACUUGAGUACCCAUUUGCUACAUCAAACUUCAAAAAAUCGUUCCAUACACAUUCCAUAGCCAUGGUAACGUGAAUGCAGCUGAAUGUCCAAUUACUUGUAUGAUGAUUAUAAGAGUUUAACACAGAGAUUUAAUUACUAGGGUGUCUUGACCUCUUGGAAAUAUUAAUCAUUUCGCAUUAAAGGUAAUAUAAUUCGGCUAAUUAACACUUUAUUUUUCCCCUUUUCAUCUUUAGAGCUUGCGCAAAAAAAAAAAUGAUUUGACCUUUCUUGAAACACAUUGUUUAUUUUUAGUCAUAAAGAGGAGCUCAUAAAAUUCCCUCUGUACAUACUGUCAUGAGUGGAUCGCAAAACUCUAUUAUAAACUCUAUUUAAAAACCUGUAAUACAAAGGUAAUUAUUAUUAUUAAUUAUAACAUAAUCGAAAAGAGAAGAAGUCAAAACUUCACAAUUCUAUAUCGAUGGCAAAGUUAAUGUGCACUACAAUUCACGUUACUGAAUUAAGGGUGUAAUAACCCUUUUCCCGACUGGAUUCCAUAAUUAUGAUGUUUUGUUUUACUUGUCACCCUAUUGUUGAGCUGUACGGUAUCAGAAUUAUCAGUCACAUCGACAGUAAAUUUGCUUGAAUAGUU